GUUUGACACACUUAAAACAAAGACCACAGCAACUGUGAGCUGAAUUAUUUUCAGCAGCCGAGGAAGCAGCAUAUCUGCACGUGCAUUUGGUGUUGCAAGCGAAAAGAACAGAGAAUUCAUGACUUAAUCAGCUCCACUGACAACUCUGGAUAUUUAAGAGAAGAAGCAGCAAGAGAGCAGAGCUGCAGGAAGCCAACAUACCAGCAUACCACCACUAAAUAGAUAAGGCUUCGGGAGGGAACCUCCACAGACCUCUUUCAACAUCACACCAAGGAGUGAAAAAGAACAGCCGAAAUUAAAAAAAAAGACUAAAGGAACUUUGCUGAAGUGUGCAGGGAGCACGUAUGCGUGGAGGACUGACCGGUCUGCAGUGGUUUUGCAAAGAAGUCACAAAAGCAGAACAAUCUGGAGGAGGAACAGCAAGAGGUCCACCGGGCCCCACAACACAAUUUCACUAUGAGUAUGACCGGUACUCUAGAGAAGGGAGCCCACCACCAGGCCUUGGAUCUGUCUGAGGAACUGCCGCCUCAUCACCUCCACCACCACACCAACCACCACCAGCAUCUCCACCACUCCAACUCUCUGGUCUCCACUACUGCUAUGGGUGGAGGCAGAGAAACGCUUUCACGUGUGGUCAUACCUCCUCCUUAUUCGGCAGCCGAGAGCGGAGGCGGGGGAAGCGAAGCCCCUCUGGAGCUGCGGGGGUCGCUCGACUGCUGGGCCUGCUCGGUGCUGGUGACGGCUCAGAACUUGGUGAUUGCCGCCAUCAACGCCUGCCUGGCUGCAGUUGUGUUUGGGACCAUCCUGAUACCAGCCAUCGUCAUGGUUGUGUUUGGCUUCCUCUGUCACUCUACAGUCCGCCCUCACGGGACGACGCCCUACUGCUCAGACCUGCUGACCGACGGCGGCUGCGUGGCUUUGCUGGUGGUGGGCUUCCUCUUGGUCACCCCUCUGCUGGUCCUGGCUCUGGCCGCUUACUGCCGUUUGGCCCGACACCUCCAGCUGGGCCUGUGCUUCAUCCCAUACAGCCGGGCCGUGUACAAGAACCUGCCGGCCACCCAGCAUCGCGGCAUCGGCACUGGAUGCUGCGGCGGUCGAGACGGAGCCGACAGCAGCGGGAAGGGAAAGGUCUGGGUGUGAGAUGAGGGUGGGACAGGGAAGGGGAAGAGAGAGAAGAGCAGUGAGGAUGACGAUUAGCUGUAUAUAAAGGGAAGUGAACAUGAGAAUGAGGUAGAGGGUUGUAUGGGAUGACUAAACCUGGAGAUGUGAGGAAACGCUAGAUGUUUACCAGAGAAUGGAGGAAGCUGUAAAUAGCAGUUACUACUCAACAACCAGCUGGACAUCCUGGAAGUGAAGUUACAGAAUGACUAACGAAUUUUCCCAAGUGCUAACAUCAGAGCAGCAUAAUAGAUUGUUGAGAAAAAGAAUCGGCAUGGCGUUCUAAGGAAUUUUGUUGGUAUUGUUCCACUGGACACAUUAGUCGUAACUUUCCAGCUCCAAUAUGCCGUCUUUAAGAAUGAGGAAAAAAAAUGAUCGCAAACAAAGCCUGUAUUUUUCAAGCAAGACAUAGAAGUGAAUAUGCCCCUGUGCAAUAUCAAUUAAAUACUACAUUAUCCACAAUUUCAUAACCAACCUAAACACUAACUGACAAGAUAACUCCUAGCCUGCAGAAGUUUGGCACAAAAGGAAUAUUCCAGCAAUUUUUUUUGACAACAAUCGAAAACACACUUAGAAAAUCGUGAGAGUUUCCAAAGAAAAAAGAGUGAAAAUUAUGACCUGAUCAAGUGUGUCACCUGAUGUGAAUCCAACAAAAUCUUUGGUGUGUUUUAAAGGGAAAGGCAGAGCAACGCAAUGCUUUCAGCAAAGAUCAACUAAAAAACAACAUACAAAUACAAAAUCUGAAAAAAUAAAAGAUUUCAAAGUCAGAAAUAAAAGCGUACUGGCUUAUGUUGCAUUGAGUGCCUACUGUGGUGCCUGCUAUUCAAUUUAACCUGUUACUUUUUUAUCAAUUGCUGUAGGGUGACAUAUUCUGAUUAAUCUGACAUUUAACUGAUAUUGUAUAAGGUUGUACUCACUUCUGUUGUGUAUUGUGUAUGCCCAAAUCGUAUGCACACUGAGUAACGUAGAGAGAGAGAAAAAUCAUGAAAAUAAAAGAGUGUCAAGUCAAUAAAUGACUUUAAGUGUAACUCCGUAAAUCAGCAAUAACCUAAAAUACCCAGACAUGACAACCAAGUUCUGACUGCUGGGGAUAAAGAAAAGAGCUAAACUUGACACACUGAAGUUGUCAAAAAUACAACCAGAUGUGCAAACAAACUUAACUUUCCUGGAUGAAACAAAGGAAAGAGGAAAUCUGAAAAUAGCCCAUCUCACAAGGCUGAACUUUCACUCAACAUAACUGUAUCUUAUCACAUUUAUGUUAUGUUUAUGAAAACAUGUAUUUUUCUAGGGUAGCUUUCUUUUUUCUGCUGCAAACUGUGAUUACAACCUCAUGUGUUAUUUCUUUUUUAUAAAUAAAGUUUUUGGAUUUUGUUGAUGCGA